AUGGCUAACCUUCAGCACAACCGAGAACCUCGAAGCCGGGAAAUGAAAGUACUGAUCCUUGGUUUAGCCCGCACCGGCACGUCAUCUCUCACUACCGCCCUCCAACAACUGGGAUACAAUCCCUACGACUGGCCUGACCGAUGUAUGCUCGGUCACCUCCCUCGGUGGACCGAAGGCCUCCAAGCGAAAUACCUCGGCCGUGGCUGUCCUCUCGAAGCCGACGAGAUAGACCAGCUCACUAGUGACUUUGACGCAAUCAUCGAUACCCCCUGCUGCCUCCUGGUUGACGAACUAAUGGCCGCCUACCCCACCGCAAAGGUCAUACUAAACUACCGCGAUCCGUACAGAUGGCUCGAAUCAAUGCAAGACACUGUAUUCGCCGUCGCGCGAUGGCCAUCCUGGAGAAUCCUGGCAUACACAGAUCCGCGCUACGCAAGAGCAAUCGUGCAGCAUCAUAUUACCCUGUGGGAUGAGAUCUGGGGAGGAGACGAAGGAAAGAGAUGCAUGGAGAUGUUCGUUGAGCACUACAAUUAUGUACGGAAGGUUGUGUCGCCGGAGCGACUGCUGGAGUAUCAAGUGCAGGAAGGAUGGGGACCGCUGUGCCAUUUUCUAGAGGUGGAGGAGCCCAAGGAACCAUUUCCGGUUGUUCAUACGGGGACACAGUUUAUGAGGACUGCUCACCCCAUGGAUUCUCAAGGUGACCUAAAUAUCACUGAUUUUGAUAGUGUGUAUCCUAAUACUCAAGCACCCCACAGUCUUCUGUCAGCUCUGCUGCAGGGGGACAAUACCUAUCAGAAUUAUGUGACAUCUGAUGACCACACGGCACCCCUUUCUGGAUAUAUGCAACAUGCGCCACUUGAUAUCUGCCCUCUCAAUGAAGAGGUGGCGCUCCCCGAGAUGCAGUUGGCCGACUUUCUGGAUGAUGGGUCGUCCUACAGCUUUUACGAUACCCACGAUAUUGGAACCUGGAAUGCAGUGGCGUUGCAGAAGCCGCAAUUUAUCAGUGGUUAUGGUGGACAGCUACAACAGUCACCUAGUGUAACAUCUACGCAGAACCUGAGUUCCUUUGAACCCGACAUGGCUUCACGAGAUUUUGAUAGCGCAAACGCAAGUCUACCUGGCAGCAGAAGCAACAGCCGCAGCCGAUUAACUGGAAGUUCUUUGUCAACGCCCACAUCUAUCUUAUCAGACAGCGGUAUGGAUCCGAUGCAGAGAUGGCGUGAGAGUCCUCCAGAAACCGAGGCAGCAUCUUUGUCGGCUAUAGUGGAUGCCUUGCGUACAAUGUCUACUCGUAGGCAUGUGCGUUCGAGCUCGGGCGGAAGAGCGGAAUCCAUCGCAAGCCUUCAGAGCGGCACUAGUCGCUCUUCAAGCUCAGUUGCAUCGACCAGAUCAUCGAGAUCAGUCAGCCGCCGAAGUCCAGUACCCAAAUUCAGAGGCCGAGUAAGAAAGACAUGCAAUGAUGCUGCCGUACAGAAAGGCGACGCUCGGAUAUUUCAUUGUACGUUCUGUUGUGAUACAUUUAGAAGGAAGCAUGAUUGGACUCGCCACGAAAAAUCACUCCACUUGAACGUUGACCAAUGGGCUUGUGCCCCAUUUGGCGGUUCAGUAUUGUCCUCGACAGGAAGAAACCAUUGUGCUUAUUGCAAUCUGCUCGAUCCGACUGAUGAUCAUCUGGAGAGCCAUAACCAUAGCGCUUGCCAUAGCACUCAAGAACCGCGUUUCUUUAGACGGAAAGACCACCUUGUACAGCACCUUCGAGGAUUUCAUAAUCUCAAGACUUUACCAACCAUUGAAGACUGGAAGGUGGAACCCCCUUUAGUCACCUCUCGGUGUGGUUUCUGUGAUGAAAAGCUACCUUCAUGGCAGGCCCGUGCCGAUCAUUUGGCGGGUCAUUUCCGGCAGGGCUUGACCAUGAGCGAUUGGAAAGGCGAUCAUUGCUUUGAGCCAUCUAUUGCGGCUCAAAUCAAGAAUGCCUUCCCCCCUUACCUCCUGGCGUCUGAAGCUAAAAGCAUGGUGCCGUUCUCCGCGACCGACCCAGCGACACUUGAUCAUUUGUCCCAGAUCUAUCAACGGAAUGGAGAGAUAUAUUCAGAUCAGCAACUGGAUGCAGUCGCCUCGGAGGGCGACCCAUUAUUCGAUCUCACACCUACAUCUUAUAUGAGAUGGGUGACUUUCCGCCUAGGGCGUUUCGCACAACAAAGUAUCGCAAAUGGUAUCUUUCCUACCGAUAAGAUGUUCCAAGAUGAAUCCAGGCGACUGGUAUAUGGAGAUAAAGAUGCAUGGGAGCAAACCGUAGCAGAUAAUAACGAGUGGCUGGCAGCCUUUCGGAGGCAAUGCCUUCCGCCGAUGUGA